AUGUAUGUGGGCCGCAUCGUAUUCACAUACAGCUACAUUCUAAUAUUUAUUAUUCUCCCAGUAACAAGCAUAGUGGCUCCGUCUCAGGAUGUUAAUUUCAUAGAAGGGAUUGCUGAAGACUUCAGCGCAUGGGACCGGAAACGAGAGCAGUUCCUAAGAUAUGCGAAGGACUAUCCGUACGGUUGGCCUAAGUUUGACUGCAUGAUUCCAUCAAAGUCGCGAAAUCCUGAAGAUGUACAUCAUCUAGCACCAUGGCAUUUCUCGGUAAUAGGUGCUAUAGGAGACUCAUUAACGGCUGGUCGUGCCGCUGGAGCAGAGUACUUCAGCGAUCUCGUUCUGGAUUAUAGAGGACUGUCAUUUGUCACGGGAGGGGAGAAAAAUCUCACCCAUCAGGCUUCUUUGUUCAAUAUAUUUUCCCACUUUUCUCCUCACCUAGCGGGCAAAAGCACCGGCACAGCUCAGGCAAGCAACAUUUCUGUGGCGGGAUUAAAUCUUGCCAAAGCUGGAUCUCUUUCGGAUGAUUUGCUCCGACAAGCGUAUGCAUUAGUGCAAAGGAUCAAGUCUCACCCCAAAGUCAACUUUCAUAAUAGUUGGAAAUUUAUAAAUAUCUUCAUAGGGUCGAACGACUUAUGUAAGGGCUGCAGGAACGAGACAAAGUCUGGCGUGGAAGAGUUCGCACAGAAUAUCCGUAAGACUUUGAUCUACCUCCGAAACAAUCUACCUAGGACCUACAUCAAUCUUCUACCACCAUUUCAUAUUGAAAUCCUUCUUGAGACACAAGAUGACAAUCCGUUUUGUGUCGAUUUGCAGAGAGUCUAUUGUCCUUGUCUGUUCCAACUGAGAAAGCAAGACUUAAAAGCGACUAAACGAUUGUAUGACUCUAUUCUGACUGAGUUCUUGACGAAUGACUAUCAGACUGAAGAUUUUGCUGUCGUGAUCUCAUCAGGGGCAAAUGUGGACCAGCUGGCAACCGUUGGUAAUAUUGUCAAUCUUGCCUUCGUUGGGCUGGACUGCUUCCACUUUUCCCAAAUCGCUCACGAUAUGGUUGCGAAGAUCAUUUGGCACGAUAUUUUUAAACCAAUUGAUGCUCGUUCGGCAGUCGACCUGAAUCAGUUCCAGCCUCAACGGUGGUUUUGUCCCUCUGAGGACUGCCCUUACUUGAGGACUUCUCUCAACUCUCGCGCAUGCAAAAAUGAUGCGUCCUUCUCUCAAGCCGAACGGAAACGAGGCGUGAAAUAUGAGAACACGGUGUACUUGCCACCAAUGUCUGAAUUGGAACGAAGAGCCUUCAUGGAAGAACAUGGCGUUGUUUUCAUUCUCAGUUUUUUAGGCGUAAUCUUUGCGAUUGGGAUUGCUUGCCUAGCGCUUUCGUCUUGCCGAAGAACUGAUCGGUCGGCACAGGAAUCGAGCGAACGAACAUAUCUUCUUAACGAUAAACAUUUCGUUUAA